CAAGAAGGCAAAAUGGCUAAAAGUCUCCUUCUAACCUCAUUUUCUCUAAAAGUUAUAGUACUCCACUGUCUCCACCUCUCCCUCUUUGGAAUUACUACUCAAGCUAAACCAUUCACCUUCUUCAUGCAUGACAUUAUAGGUGGAUCAACCCCUUCAGAAAGAAUUGUGAGUGGCAUCAUAGUGAACUCUCAAACCAAUAACUUUCCUUUCUCAAAACCCAAUAACAGGAUCUUCCCAUUUAAAGGUAGCAUACCAUUUGUUGAUACUACUACCAUUGGUAGCAGUAGCACCAUGGUGGUAAAAAACAUUGACAAAAACAAGGUGGUUAUUGAUAAGAACUCACUUCCAUAUGUCACAUUAGAGAAGCUUUUGUUUGGAAGAAUAACAGUGAUUGAUGAUGAAAUCACAAAAGGGCAUGAGUUUGGUUCUGAGAUUAUUGGUAAAGCACAGGGGUUUCAUUUGGCUAGCUCAUUGGAUGGAAGCAGCAAAACCAUGGCAUUUUCAGCUUUGUUUCUUAAUGAAGAUCAUGAAGAGGAAGAUGCUAUUAGUUUCUUCGGGGUACACAGGACUGCUACAAAUGAGUCCCACAUUGCUGUGGUUGGAGGAACAGGAAAAUAUGAAAAUGCAAGAGGGUAUGCUAAAAUUGAGACUGUAAAUCUGUCUGAUCAAAACCCAAAUUAUGGAGUGGAAACACUUCUUCAGAUUACUGUCUACCUAAGCUAGCUAGAUAGAACUUUUUGUCGCGCGUUAAUGUUAUAUCAGAUUAAGAUGAUGAUGAUGAUGGCAUUAUUCUUUGUAGAAAAAUAAGCAUUACUAACUCUGUAUCUGGAUCACUGGAUGAAUAUAUAAAUUUAUAUUUCUAGUUAUGAUUGUUCUGCACCUCUUAAUAGUGAAUGAGGUUUCAUUGUUGGGAUGUAUGCUGAGGUUUUCUAAUGCCUUUGUGACUUCUAUUGGAGCAGUGAUAU